CAUAUUACAUUGUGUUGGUUUUUAAACAUGAUACUAAAAUUUCUUAUUAUCCUCUUUGUGCUUCUGGCAAUUUUUAAUUGCCAGGGUACUGCUGAGGGCAAUGAAGGGAAAGAAACAGGGAGUUCUGGGAAGGAGGGUGAUAAUAGCAAAGGUGCGGAGGGUCAGCAAGGAGGAGGACAAGAAGGUGGGAAAACACAGGAUGAAGGUGCUGAAAGCAACAAAACAAAAAGCCAGGGUGGAGACAGUAAUGACAAAGACCAAAGUGGAGCAGGUCAGGGUGGAGAAAGCGGAGGAAAUAAUGAAGAAGCGAAAGUAGAGGAAAUUUGUGGUAAAGGACAAGGAGAUACAAGACCAGAGACGCCAGAAGAAAAGAAAGAAGAAGCCGAGGCAGAGGAAAAUAAAGAUGAUAAAAAAGAAAAGAAGUUUUUCUUUUCUGGUGACAUGAGAGUAACGAAAGAGCAAAAGGACGAACUUGAAAGAUAUUUCCAGACGGGACAGAAAAGGGAGGCUACAAGUAGGCCCAAUGCCAAAUGGCCAAACCAAACAGUUUACUACACAUAUCACUCAAAUUUGGGCAAAAAAGCUAGGGAUGCAAUCGACGCUGCUAUAAGAGAUAUCGAAGAAUAUACGUGUCUUACUUUUGUGAAAAGGGUGGACAGGUCCAUUGAGCAGUACAUCACAUUUGUCAAACAGAACGGGUGUUGGUCAUAUGUUGGCAUGCUUUCAAAGCCACAACUUCGGAUGGGUUACAAGCAAGAAGUUUCAAUUGGUCAAGGUUGCGAGUACAAAGGAACUGCGAUUCAUGAAAUAUUCCACGCUCUUGGAUUUGAACACGAGCAGUCUCGUCCUGACAGAGAUAAAUACGUCAAAAUUAACUUUCAAAAUAUAGACAAAGAUAAGGUGAACAAUUUCAAAAAAAUACAGAACUCAAUAAAUCUUGGUGUUGGAUAUGACUACAACAGUAUCAUGCACUACCCUGACUGGGCAUUUAGCAAUAACGGGAAGCCAACUAUAGAGGCGGUUGGAAAUGCGAUAGGGGCAGAAAUAGGCCAGCGUGAUGGAAUGACUGCUGGAGACAUCGAACAGGUGAAGAAGUAUUACGAAUGUGAUAAGGCUUCAGGAUCUGGAAAGGAUGCAACGUUUACCCAAAUACUGCGUAGAGAAUUCAAAAAUGAAAAACAAGGCAAGAAACCAGACGACAAAAAGGGAGGAAAAUGCGAGAUGCAGUUCAAAGAUGAGGAGAAAAAUAAGGAACGUAAAAGGGCGAAGAAAGAGAUGUUGAUCAAAAUGCAAGAAGAAAACAUGCAGAGGUUGAAAGAAGAAGAGGACAAAAAAUACCUCAAAAUGCUUAAAAAAAGAACAUUUAAGUCAAAUCAUUGAUCAAUAAAUUUGAUGUAUUGAUAUGCUCAUUGUGAGUUAUAAGACUUAUUAAAUUGUUGAUGAGCUGAAGAAGGUGAAUUUGCAACGCUCCAA